UCAUAGACUCAUAGUGGCAGUACAACAACAAAGAUAUAGCUAAAUAAGCUAAGCUAAGCAAAGUAGUGUAAGUUGAAGCUUUCCUUGUUUAAUUAAUGGUGGUGGGAACCCCCUUAAGAUAAAGACUAGUCCUUAUUUUCACUUCUCUUCUCUUCCCCUUAUAUUCAACCUCAUCUUAAAACAUCCAUUUUCUUUCUUCUAAGAGAAAAAAAGUGAGAAAAAAUGGGAAAUUGCCAAGCAGUUGAUGCAGCAGCAUUGGUGAUACAACACCCAAGUGGUAAAGUUGAGAGGAUGUAUUGGCCUAUUACUGCUAAUGAAGUGAUGAAGAUGAACCCUGGUCACUAUGUAUCCCUCAUCAUCCCUCUCCCUCUUUCUGAGGACGAAGCCGGAGCUUCGGAUAAGAAGAAAUCAGUCCGGUACACCCGGGUUAAGCUGCUCCGACCUACGGAUACUCUCGUCCUAGGCCGGGCUUAUCGCCUCGUGACUUCACAAGAGGUUAAGAAGGUUCUUAUGGCGAAAAAAAUGGCUAAGGCAAAGGUGAAUGAAAAGGGGUCAGGCAGUGACAAGCUACAAACAAGUGAGGGAAAAGAUAGAGAAGAAAAAAGAAAUGAAUCAGAUAAAAAUGAUCAGGGAUCAGACCAUGACAGACAGAAAUUAACAUCAAGAUCGAUGAACUCGAGAUCGAAAACAUGGCGGCCUUCUUUACAGAGCAUAUCUGAGGCUACAAGCUAAUAUCCAAAAGACUGAAUGAGGAUCAUCAAUAUGGAACUAACAAGCUACCUUAUCUUCCAGAAGAUAAGACUUUGAGAGAUUAGUAAAAGGGAAGCAAAUAAUGGGCUAAAGGAGAAGGAAAGGGGGGUCAAACCUCUUUUCAAGUCCAGUUUUGUUGCAUCUUAAAUGCCAAUUCCUGUGUAUAGAUAGAUAAAUGAAACUAUAAAUCUGGAAAAAGAAGGGUGCAAAAAAAAGGGCGGAUUGUUUGUAAAUCUGGAAAAAUUGUGCUAAUGUAAGCUUGUAUGAAAUUUAUUUCCUUCUCAAAAAUGACAUGAAUUUUGCAAUG